GCAAGGUGAUGACGUACGUGCUGGAAAAUGGAGAGAAAACACAUGUCAGCUUUUGCUUUGUAUCAAACGUUUUCAGCAGACGUUUCCCCCCCUGCCAAGAAGCCUUCGCUGCAGGUGGCUGCUAAGAAGAAAAAGAAAAAAGAGAAUGGAGUUGCAGUCAAUAAAGUCAACACACUUAAAGCUCAGAUAAAGUCUGACAAGAAGAAAAGAAAGAAGCUUGUGAAGUCUGCGCAAAGAGAGGAGAGCCUGAAGGGAACCACAGAAAAGCAGGAAGAGGAGUGUGUAAAUGGAGAUGGUGACACUAUAGAUGCUUUGCUGGCCGACCUGGCAAGAGUCAACAACAGCAGGGAGAGAGCGAGUACACUGUUCCAGUGGCUCAUCAACCCCAUCCCUGUCAAAGCUUUCUUCAGGGAAACAUGGGAAAAGAAGCCCAUUCUUGUUCAACGCAAGAAUCCAGAUUACUACAAAGGACUGUUCUCAACAGCAGAGUUUGAUCGUAUACUGAGAGAGGAGGAUGUUCAGUAUGGAGUGAACCUGGAUGUCACAAGCUACACUAAUGGCAAGAGAGAGACGCACAAUCCUCCAGGGAGAGCUCUGCCGUUCUCUGUGUGGGACUUCUAUGAGAGGGGCUGCUCCCUCCGAAUGCUGAACCCCCAGGCCUUCUCCUCCACCGUGUGGAACAUGCUGUCCAUCCUUCAAGAGCAGUUUGGCAGCAUGGCAGGAGCCAACAUAUACCUGACGCCACCUGGAACGCAAGGCUUUGCUCCACAUUAUGACGACAUUGAGGCGUUUGUGGUUCAACUGGAAGGGAAGAAACACUGGAGAGUGUACAACCCAAGGUCAGAUGAUGAGGUCUUGCCUGUAAUUUCAAGCCCGAACUUCGAUCAGGCCGACAUCGGGAAGCCGAUCCUGGAAGUGGUGCUAGAGGCCGGAGAUCUCCUCUACUUUCCCAGAGGGUUCAUCCACCAGGGCGACUGCCUGCCAGACGCUCACUCCCUGCACAUCACCAUCUCCUCGUACCAGAAGAACAGCUGGGGCGACCUGCUACAGAAGGUGGUUCCAGCAGCUCUGGAAAUAGCAAUGGAGGAGGAUGUGGAGUUCAGACAGGGCUUACCUCUGGACUACCUGACAUACAUGGGAGUACAGAAUUCUGACAAGGACGACCCACGCAGGUCAAAAUUCUUCUCACGAAUUGAGAGCCUGAUGAAGAAGCUAAUAAAUUACGCCCCGGUCGAUGCUGCUGUGGAUCAGAAAGCCAGAGACUUCCUCCAUGACUGCCUGCCUCCCCUGCUAACUCCAGAUGAACUGGCCAGCAGUGUUCAAGGAGCCCCUGCUAGGUGGGAACGUGGGCGAGUUAUGGAUGUGGGUGCAUGUAUCACUACCCAGACCCAAAUCAGAGUCCUCCGUGCUGGAUGUGCAAGGUUAUGCAGUGAUGGAGACACUGUACAUCUUUAUUACACCACAGACAACCCCAGAGUUUACCACAAAGAGGAGCUCAAGAGUUUCGAAAUAAACCCAGAGCACACAGAUGCCGUCGAGUUUCUGAUCCAUUCUUAUCCCAAAUUUGUAACAGUAGGAAGCCUCCCAUGUGAUUCUGCAAAGGACAGGGUGGAUUUGGCUGAGAUGCUAUUUGAGAGGGGAAUCAUCCACACUGCAGAGCCUCUGUAAAUGGCCUCAGAUUCUUCAGUCAUGCUGACUGCAUGAGUGUAUUCAAAUUGCGUUUGUACAAAUACAAUCUUUGAUUCAAAACCCUUCUUGUUUUAAGUAAUGUUCAUUAGCUGUACUAGAAUGGUCAUGCUGAACAUUUGUUUUGUGUUCUGCAUCAAAUAAACCAGUUU